AUAUUUUCCCCAAUGUAUAUCCUCUUCUUCUUUGAUAAAAUGACUUUCAGCUCUUUUUCUGAGCCGUUCUUGUUUCUCAACUAAAAUGAAUCUCUACCGGAGCUCCUCUUUCUUCUGAAUACUAAUUCCUCAGCACUCGGUGAGUCGUAUAAAUUCUCUCUCUAAAAUUUGUUAGUUAUUUGUUGUUAUCGAUUCGAAUUCUGCUAUUUCCUGCGAAUCUCGCUUCCGUUUCUCUGCAACUUCUGGAAGAACACCAGGUAUUGCAAUCUGGGUUGUUCCUUUUCUCGUGAAUCACACGAUUGUUUAAUCGAGUCCCUCUAUUUUCUCUUUCUAGUUCUUACUUUCUCUCUCCUCUGUUUUUCAUCAAAGGUCCAUAUCUGUAUUUGGGUAUCUCUUUUUUGCUUGAAUCACCACACCAGGAUUGCUGAAUUCUCAGUGCAUACCCAUUUCCGGCAAACCCUACUCUCUCUCUCCUAAUUUCUCUCUCUAGCUCUUACUCUCUCUCUCUCUCUCUCUCUCUCUCUCUGUAUUUCCAUAAAGUUCCAUUUUUUCCAUUUGGGGUCCCUUUUUUUUUCCUGAAUCACCCACUGCUUAAUUUUCAAUACCCAUUGCCUGCAAACCCCUACUUUCUCUAACUUCCACUUUCUCGCUCUAAAAUCCAUUAAAAUGUCUAUAUUGAUCAUCGCGUAGUUUGCUUAACCAAACCAGAAGGAUUGCUAAAUGCCUAAUAUCUAUUUCCAAUAAAUCCCUCCAAGCACUCCACAGUGUUCCAGCUAUCUGAUAUUCUAAUGGAGAACCAGGAAACCCACAAAACCCUUACUUUCUCUCUCUGACAUCCAUUGAUAUCUCUUUCCAAUUGGAUAUCCCGGUUUUUGCUCAACCAACCACCCAGGAUUGCUCGAUUCUCAAUAACCUUUAAACCUUUUUACAACCAGUACACCUUCUUCUAAGCUCUCUAAUGGCAAACCAGAAACCCCGAAAAAGCCUUGCAGAUAUAGAGGAUGGCUUACUCCAACGCAUCUUUCGCGUUACCUUGAGCGACGAGUUGGGCUCGGACUAUGUGUAUUUAGAGAUGACAGCUGCGGAGAUACUCAGCGAAGGGAAACCACUUUCUCUCUCUAGAGAUGUAAUGGAGAGAGUUCUCAUCGAUCGUCUAUCUAGAGUCCUUCCAGACACCCAACCUCCAUUUGAGUACCUAAUGGGUUGCUAUCAAAGGGCUUAUGACGAGGGCAAGAGAGUAGCCUCCAUGAGAGACAAGGAAUUGAGGUCUGAGCUUGAAUCUGUGAUCAAACAAGCAAAGGAUUUAGCUGUUUCUUACUCUAGAAUUCACUUGGGUAAUCCAGAUAUGUUCCCUCACCCUCAAACACCUGACAGAUCACCUCUUCUUAUGGUAAUUUUAACUAUGUUUUCUAGUAGUGUUGAUUUAAUUGGUGAUGGUACGCCAAUUGGGCCACCUGGUUUUGUUGAUGAUUUCUUCAGAGACGUGGAUGAAGAGACACUGGAGCCGGUAUUGAGGCCUUUGUAUGAGGAUUUGAGAGGCUCAGCGAAUAAGGUUUCAGUUCUUGGUAGUUUUCAACAACCAUUAGGUGCGCUUUUGAAGCUGGUUUCUUACCCGAAUAGUGCAAAGGCUUUGGUUAACCACCCUGCAUGGAUUCCUAGAGGGGACUAUGUAGAUGGUCGGGUCAUGGAAGUGGCGAGCAUCCUUGGACCCUUCUUUCAUGUUAGCGCGCUUCCUGAUCAUGAUGUUUUCAUGAGCGAACCAGAUGUUGGGUUACAGUGUUUCUCAAAUGCAUCAACACGUCGACCAGCAGAUCUAAUGUCGUCUUUCACUACUAUUAAAACUUUGACGAACUAUCUCUAUGAUGGCCUUAACAAUGUUUUUCUCACACUAUUGAGGCUGAAAGAUACUCGAGAGCGUGCUCUGAGCUAUCUUUCAGAGUUGAUCAAGAAAAACUCGGGGAGAUCUCAUAUUCAGGUAAACCAAUUUUCCUGUGCGAGUUCGGGUAUGUUUGUCAAUCUCAGUGCUGUCAUGCUUCGGCUGUGCGAGCCCUUUCUAGAUGCAAAUUUGACAAAGAGGGACAAAAUUGAUCCACAAUAUGUUUUUGAUAACAAAAGGAUUGACUUAAGUGGUUUGACAGCUCUUCAUGCAUCAUCUGAAGAAGUUGCUUCUUGGGUUGCCAAUAAAUAUUCUGAGCCCACGGAAGGGUCUACAGAGAACCGGUUCUUGGAAUCUCAAGAAGCCACAAGCUCUGGGAAUAAUGUUCUCUCUAAUACAAAGCCAUUGCUGAAUUCUCGUGGGACAUCAAAAAAUUAUAAAUUUAUCUGCGAGUGUUUCUUCCUGACAGCAAGGGUGCUCAACUUGGGUUUGUUGAAAGCUUUCUCUGAUUACAAGAAUAUAGCUCAGGACUUGACAAGAUGUGAAGAUACUCUUGCUUCUCUUAGAGCAAUGCGGGAACGGGCAUCCUCUUCCCAGUUGGAGCAGGAUUUAAAUCGUUUUGAGGUUGAAAUUGAGAGAAUCCUACGGGAGAAGCUAUGCUAUGAAGCUCAAAUAUUGAGGGAUGAACAACUUCUUCAGCAGGCCCUAUCGUUCUAUAGGCUAAUGGUUGUCUGGUUGGUUGAUCUUGUUGGUGGCUUCAGAAUGCCACUCCCUUCCAAGUGCCCAAUGGUCUUUGCAUGUAUGCCAGAGCACUUUGUUGAAGAUGCCAUGGAAUUACUUCUCUAUGCUUCUCGUCUUACAAAAGCUUUGGAUGGUUUCUUACUGGAUGAUUUCAUGAAUUUUAUUAUUAUGUUCAUGGCAAGUCCAGCCUAUGUAAAAAACCCUUAUCUAAGGGCAAAAAUGGUGGAGGUCUUGAAUUGCUGGAUGCCGGAUAAAAGUGGUUCUUCUGCUACAGCUUCACUUUUUGAAGGCCAUCAGCUAGCUCUAGAAUAUUUAGUUUACAAUCUUCUGAAGCUUUAUGUGGACAUUGAGUUCACCGGUGCUCACACACAGUUCUAUGAUAAGUUCAACAUUCGGCAUAAUAUUGCCGAACUUCUCGAGUAUCUUUGGCAGGUUCCUAGCCACCGUAAUGCAUGGAGGAAGAUUGCUAAAGAAGAAGAGAAGGGAGUUUACUUGAACUUCUUGAAUUUUCUCAUUAAUGAUAGCAUAUAUCUUCUUGAUGAAAGUCUCAAUAAAAUUCUGGAACUAAAAGAGUUGGAAUCAGAAAUGGCUAAUACUGAGGAGUGGGAAAAGAGACCAGCACCAGAAAGGCAGGAGAGAAUGCGCCUGUUUCAUUCCCAAGAGAAUAUUAUCCGAAUUGACAUGAAAUUGGCAAACGAAGAUGUCGGGAUGCUUGCUUUUACAUCGGAACAGAUUACUGCUCCCUUUCUUCUUCCUGAAAUGGUAGAAAGGGUGGCAAAUAUGCUAAACUAUUUCUUGCUACAACUUGUUGGGCCCCAAAGAAGAUCUCUGCAUCUCAAAGACCCUGAAAAAUAUGAGUUUCGGCCCAAGAAACUGCUAAAGCAAAUUGUAGAUAUUUAUGUUCAUAUUGCACGUGGAGACAAGCAAAAUGUUUUCCCAACUGCCAUCUCCAAGGAUGGUCGAUCAUACAAUGAACAGAUAUUUGCUGCUGCUGUGGUUGUUCUUUGCAAAAUAGGAGAAGAUGGGAGGGUAAUUCAGGAAUUUAUUGAGCUCGGUGCAAAAGCGAAAGCUGCAGCUUCUGAGGCAAUGGAUGCAGAGGCUGCACUUGGAGACAUACCUGAUGAAUUUCUCGAUCCAAUUCAGUACACAUUAAUGAGAGAUCCUGUAAUUCUACCUUCAUCGAGGAUAACAGUGGACAGACCAAUAAUACAGAGACACUUGCUCAGCGAUAAUACUGAUCCAUUCAAUCGAUCACAUCUCACUCAAGACAUGCUUAUUCCUGAUUUAGAACUUAAGGCAAGAAUUGAAGAAUUCAUCUCAUCCCGAAAUUUGAGGAAACAUGCCCAAUGAUUUGUACUGUACAGCUUUUGUAAUAUCACCAACAUUGCAAGCAAGCUCUUGAUUAUGUGAAUUUUUUUUUUUUUCUAGUAUUUAUCAGAAGAUAUGGGAUUAUUGAAGCAGGACCUAGGUGAAGAUGCAUCACAUUUUUCGCAAUUUGAAACAAAUUUUGGGCUUGUCGACCCAAGGUGGGGGAUUGGUUAAGAAUGUGGCUGUGGAGUCAUUACUCUCUCUCAUGGCAAUGCGAAAUUGAAACAGUUAAUAGAGAGAGAGAGUGCCAUGAAUCUGCUAUGAAUCUAUUUAUAGGCAUACAAAUUUCUUUUGUCACAACAAAGAGACUUGUUUCUGAAUAUGUCCAUCAAAAGGUGGGCAAUGCAAGACGCUCUCUAUGCUAAUGGUAUUAUAAGUGGUGGGGUA